CCAGUUCCAAUGGCAUCAUGUGACUAUCAUGUGACCACGGAAUCAUGACCGCCUUCACCUAUCUUCUUCCCUCUUCCUUUCUUCCCUCUCACCUGGCAGCAGCCAUUCCAUCGUCAAUCCACUCUUCCAUCCCGAUUCCAUCAGAUAGAUACCAUUAGGGGCCGGCCCACAUCUCAAGCUCCUGCUUCCCAAACAUGGAUGACCCUCAAGUCAACGAUGAGGCUGUGUUUAUCUCUCCGGCGUCUCACCCACUCGCAAUCGGGGACGUAGACGAGGAGCCACAACCUCCCCAGGAAGUCUCCGCCGUGCUGUCUAUUCUGACUGACGCCGGAAUAAAUUGCUGCUUUGUUCAAGAACUUUCGUUAAUAUAUUAUGGGACCACACGUUUACAACGCGACCUAGUAUUAUGCAUUCAGGAUGAGCAAUUUGAGCGUGCAGUGGAGCUUUUCACCUCUCAUGGCGACAUACUCCAGCCCUGUGGUGCAAAUCCCCUUUCGUCGCCAAAUUUGCUGAACCACAAGUAUCCUCGAUUCAAGGCUAUCGGGUGGGCUACUUUCUGGCUACUCGUACCGGGAACUUACUGCCACCUCAAUGUUGAGCCAGAGAGCAUUGAAUGGAGUCUAGGUGGCCUGCCAUACCCCAAGCUUUCCGUGUACGUGCAAAGCGCGAUUGACUCCAAAAGCCUGUUAGACUUGGAGGAGUUGAUUGAUGGGAUGGAUCUUUCAGAAGAGUGGGGUCACAAAACACUGGACCUGGAAGGCCAUACUGAUACCCAAUGGCUGGAAGAUCGCGUUAAGGCUUUUCGGGAUGAUGGGGUGGAUGAAAUGUUCAUUUGGGUAGACCCCACUCCUGUUUCUCGGCGAGAGAUCUGGACAUUCUCCGUCCGAAACAAACAAAAGCGCUUGGGCUGGAAGUAUCCACCGGAGAUUUACUCGAGUCGGUAUCGAAAACAUGGAUCCAAGGAUCCACGGAGCGUUCAAAGACCUGGAGUGUAGGGAGCCACAUUACGCAAAGUGAAAAAGCUCAGCCUUU